AUGAAUGACAUUAUGGGUGAGUCUUCAGGAUUAUUAGCUCCGGGUAUCACUGGCACUGGCAUUAACAAUAACAAUAACACAAUGAAGAAUGGUGGAAACAAUAUUAAUUCACCGAGCAACAUUGAGGCGAAUGAUGGCGAGGGGAUCAGCGCUGCCGUCGCGAAAGUUCUUCAGAGCUACGACUGGACAUUAGUACCUGUUGCUACCAAAGGUACAGGAGACAAACGAGCAACUCACGUAAAGAGGCCGAUGAAUGCGUUCAUGGUAUGGGCACAGGCAGCGAGACGAAGAUUAGCGGAUCAAUAUCCUCAAUUGCACAAUGCCGAAUUGUCUAAAACAUUGGGAAAAUUGUGGAGAUUAUUAUCGGAUAACGACAAGAAACCAUUCAUUGAGGAGGCUGACAAACUUCGUGUGGCUCACAAACGCGAACACCCGGACUACAAGUAUCAGCCACGGCGCAGGAAGCAGAAUGGGCCAUCAUCUGGUCCUGAUAAUUCGCCAGCGCGAAAUCAGAGUAAUGUGGCCUUCAGCGUUUCAAAUUCACUGAAGCAAGAAGACCUGAGUCCACGCGGUAUCCAAGGACCCACUUCACCUCAGAGCCGAGUAAGUUCUUCACCUCCCACGACGCCGAAUCAGGGCUUGUCGCCUCCAACGCCGCCGACAACGCCUCGAGGGCACCACUUUAUCAAUCAGGCGCAUCAGCAUCAGCAAAACAUCCUGUACCACCAGGAUUUAUCGGCGUCAUCGGUGUCCGACUCUUCUCAGCACCAUGGCAGUGUUGAUUUCAAUAGAUAUAUCGAAGGCAAUGAGCAGAUCCAGGUGGAGGAUGGACCAAUGAGCAGCCUAGGGGCACUUGGAGGUGUUAAUCUCAAUAUUCCAUUGAGUCUCCAAGAGUGUGAAGUUGAAAGCAGUGAGCUGGAUCAGUAUCUUCCAUGUCAUACGUUAUCUGUUCAUCAGUACCAGAAUAUGAAUUCUAAUAAUUCUUCACCAUCGUGGGGAUCGGUGACUCGAUACGACGACGACGCCGAGAGACCCAGCAAAAGACACUGCAGUGAGCCAACGAUCUCCGAGUUAUCCUGGGAAGACCGACAACACGAUAUGAUACGAUACCACGAGCUCCAGCCUCCACUACCCCCGGUCCAGUACAUAUCAGGCCCUCACCAUUCUCAUCACACUCAGAUGAAUCACUCCCAUGUGAGCAAUCCCUACGUGCAAUACGCCCCACAUCGCUAUGUGCCUGGCAUCGAGUCUUGGACUAAUUACCAUUGAAGACCAGUGGAGCCAACAAUGGAAAAAUGGAAAAUUAAUGAGUUCAAAAUACAUAGAUCAGAAACAUGAAGAG